AUGGCAACAAACCCAGAGAUGGGAAAAUGUCUCUCUCCAAUAAAGGAACCGGUGAAGAUAUUGAGACGCCCAGAGGUUCCGCAGCAGGAAUUCUUCGUCCCAGAAGAAGUGGUAAAGGUGCCACCAACGCCAAUGGACAUUUCAAUGUGUUCGCCUGAACUCUAUGAUGCCUUCUCUGUAGAGAUCCUUCCUGUUGAAGAUGUUGAUAUAAAGGACGGCAAUGAUAUAGUGAACUGCAGUGAAUAUGUUAAAGAUAUCUUCAAGUAUUUGCGGCAACUGGAGGUUGAUCAGGCAGUAAGACCAGACUACCUGACAGGACAGGGGAUCACAGGACCCAUGCGCGCUGUCUUAAUAGACUGGCUCGUGCAAGUCCAAGUGAACUUCAAGCUUCUUCCAGAAAGCCUGUACAUGACUGUGUCCAUCAUUGACAGAUUUCUCCAGGAUAACCCAGUAACCAAGAAGAAUCUGCAACUUGUUGGCGUGACGGCAAUGUUUGUUGCUUGCAAAUAUGAAGAGAUUUUUCCUCCAGUAAUUGGAGACUUUGUAGUCAUCACAGACAACGCUUACACCUGCGCACAAAUCCGUCAAAUGGAGAGGUGCAUAUUGAAGAAGCUCGACUUUUCCCUUGGCAAACCUCUUCCACUGCAUUUCCUCAGAAGAGCAUCGAAAGUUGCAGAUUCCAGCACAGAACAACAUGCUCUUGCCAAAUACUUGAUGGAGCUGACAAUGGGGGAUUACGACAUGGUCCAUUAUCCUCCGUCCCUGAUUGCUGCUGCCGCCUUCCAUCUCGCUCAGAAACUCCUCCACUCUGGUGAAUGGACUCCCCUCUUGCAGUAUUACCUCUUGUAUGAAGAAGAGGAUCUUCUACCAGUUAUGCAACACAUAGCAAAAAAUGUUGUGCAAGUCACCAACUGCCGCACCAGGCACAUGACUGUGAAGAACAAGUAUGCUAGGAAGAAUGAACUGAGGAUCAGCACUAUCUUGCAACUGACGUCAGUCCUGAUUCUUAAAUUGUCAAAUGCAUGUCGUCAUUAAAAUGAAGUGUAUUGUCUGCCCUACUUGACUUAAUGCUGCUACUGU